UUAAAGGUAUAUCUCAUCAAAGAUGGCUCACUUGCUUGGAAGUCGAAAUUGUCUUGAGAGUUUAGCGAUAGAUAUUGUGGAUGUUCACGAAACGAUUACGGAUAUUUUUGGUCGAGUUGGUCCAGUAAAGUUCCCGUCCUGGAAAUAUCCGGACAAGGCAUCGUGUGAUUUGGAUAUAAACAAACUUUUAGCGAGAUAUUGCUUUUCAAAGGAUGAAGACCACUCGAAGCUGUCACAUAUUAUUUUGUUUGAGCUGCUCAUUGACAGGUUGGUUCUCUUGAUGCAAGCAAUGUCAUCUUUUUGUAAUCAUCUUCUAAGUGCAACCGAAACUAACCGUCCCGGUACUGCAAAGUCUGUUGGCUCAGCGAUGUCUGUUGGUUUAGUUGCGAAGAAAUUUUGGAACAAGAUGGCACAUCUAUACCAUGUUGUUCAAAGAAAAUUGACUGAGUCGGACAGUAAAGAUAAGCAGUUAAGAAAAUUGGAAAUCACUGUUGCGGAUAUGAAACAUGAACUUCAUGGGUUUGUGAAGAAGUCGUCUUCUCACACCAGUCAAGUGAGGAAUGAAUUAAAGGACUAUUCCAAGAUAAGUUCCCAAACUGACGACACAAGCCUGGAAAGCUCAAGCCAAGAUGAUGAUUUUAGUUUGGUUGCUCAUGUUGGUGAUGUGGAUUUAAAUGGAAAAUGUAAAGAUGGCCAAACACAAACCUAUGACACUGCGUUUGUACCUUGCGAGGCAUGCAGUCGAACGCAAGAGAAUCUUAUAGCAGUUGGACAAAUGGUGAUGAAAGUGUGCAAAUCUCAGGGUCUUCCUUCCAAUUUAGCAAAGCAAAAAAGGUUGCUUAAGCAGUCUUUGCUUGCUGCUGCGGACAUUUCGCGAUGGGCCGCCGAACAGAACCGAGAUCUGUCAAGAAUUAAUGAUCAUCUUGACAACCUCUAUGCACAAAUCGACCCUCUUCAAGAGAAGUUGAAUAAAUCACGUGAAAGACGGAAAGCUCUUGAAGAACAGGUGAAAAGCCUUGAGGAAAGUGUGGAAAGUGAACGAGCUGAAUCGCAGAGGAUUUCUACAGAGUUGUCAGAAAAAUUGACAGUUCUAACUCAGGAAAUGAAGAGUUUGCAGAAUAGGACUGAUAAAGAGAUACUAGAUUUGAAGAAAGGAAAGGAACUUUUAGAAAUUCGCAUUGAAAAAAGUGAACUGGAACUCAAAGAUUCUGUUGCAAGCAAGUCCAAACUUGAGUCCCAGUGUGAGCAUCUCAAGGCUGGUCUUGAAAAAGAACGGUCAGAAACGAUAAAGUUGCAGAAAAUGAAUGAAGAUUUGGAAAUGACAAAGCAAACUUUGGUUGACCUGAAGAGCAGACUGGAAAAAACAACGUUGGAACUUGGCAAGAUGCAAGCGAAGAAUAAAACCCUUUCACAACAUGAUCAAGUCCUUCAAAGUAAACAAGAUGCUCUACUUCAACGUAUUGAUGAACUGGACCAGGACUGUGAGGAACUCAGAGAGAAAGUGAUGGAUAUUGAGGGUGAGAGAGAUGAACUGAGGGAUAUCUUAGAUGAAACAAAGAUACAAAGUGGGAAACUCCAAGAAGAGUUGACAGAAAAACAGGGUCAGAUUGAUCACAUCAACGCUGAGAGAAACGAUUUGUCCACGACGAUCGAGGGUUUGCAAACAGAUGUUCAAAGAUUACGACAUGAACUGGAGUUGAACGAGGAGAAAAUACAGAUGAUGGUGCAGUAUCCUGGUGAUGGUCUUAACAGUGAAGUUUUGGAUAAUCCUUUGGCGAUCUCUCGGGAAAUGGAGAAACAAAUAGCAUUGAAUAAUAUUCGCAUUGCCAUGUUGGAAGAGCAGAACAAGAAACUGAGACAUUCCAUCGAAAAACUGAGCAAUGUUCAGGAAGAAGUGAAACCUUUCAGAGAGGUGGAGGAGCCAGUGUUGCUCUGGAGCGCAAAUGAAGGUUCAGGACACAACAGAAAGAACAAGACAAGUAUUCCUAAUCGCUCAACACUUGCGAGGAGCCAGUCCGAUUCCGAGAGUCGCGGUCAUCGUACGGCGUCCACCAACGAGUCAUUCCGACAAACGUCCGACAAUUACCGACAGCCACGUCCACCCUCGAGCGCAAAACUAGAAAAACAGGAGAGUCGUGAUCGAGUAUUUGAACAGAGACAGGCCAGAGCUUUGAGCUCAAAACUUGCACACAGUGGAAGAAAUGCCGCCAGGUUCGACGCCUGGACGCCGAACACGAACACGAACACUACGGCACGCGACGAUGUAAGCACGACAAAUUACGAACAAGUUGAUACGUUUAUCUGUGGUGGUUGUGAUAAGAUGUACACAACGCGAAAAGAUUUGGACAUACACAAAUCAUUUUGUUAUGAUUUGAAGAAGUAAUAUCCUUUCCGCAAUUGAUAUGUAAUGUCUUAAUAUGACACUGCUUAAUUUACCGAUCUCUCGGGCGUGGAUCCCAAUAAAAAUCCCCUUGUGAUUUAAAUUAAUUGUAUAUUAUAAGAUUGUACAUAAAUGUUUUCAUCCACUGUUAUCUUAAUUGAAGCCAGUUUUCUUUCUCAAAUGUA